CGGUGGUGACCGUUGGAGGGAGCCGUUGGUAAACAGCGCGCGCCAGCCCAGCCCGGGCGAGGCGGCUCGCGGCGUGCGCGUGACAACCCCCCCCCCCCCAUCCACCUUCCGCGAGGGCGCGAACGCCCGCCCGCCCGCCGCCGCCGCCGCCGCUACAGAUCCUGUGGCACUGAUUUGCUGAUUUGAAGAUUUGCAGCAGUAUCCCCUGGAUCACAGCAAAUAUUUAAAUCUUGCUCAACUUCACAAAUGACUAAUGAGUGUUGCACUGCCUGACAGUGUCAACUGGAAUGGUAGACACACAGAUCAACUCUGAUCCAUUAUCACUACUUGAAAAUGACUCUAGGAGUCCCUUGGCUGGAGAACUGGUGCAGGAAAUGGAGGAAGUACAGGACAUUUCACAGUCUAUAGGGGACAACAGUUCAGAGACGUUCAGUGCUGAUGAGAACCUUAUUUCAGGAAAUGGUCCUGGAUCAAAUGAAACUGUGCAAGAUACAAUUUCUCCAGCAUCGAGUCCAUCAUCAGUAAUCUUACCUACUACUCCAUUGACCCAAGAUGAUGCUUCCACAUCUGGCCUAUGCAUUGAAUGUCGAGUGUGUGGAGACAAGGCUUCUGGCUUCCAUUAUGGCGUCCAUGCCUGUGAAGGCUGUAAGGGCUUUUUUCGGCGAACCAUACGAUUGAAACUGGACUACGAUCAGUGUGAACGCAAUUGUAAGAUUCAAAAAAAGAACCGGAACAAAUGCCAGUGCUGUCGUUUUCAGAAGUGCCUUUCUGUUGGAAUGUCACAUAAUGCUAUUCGUUUUGGUCGAAUGCCACAAUCUGAAAAGGAGAAAUUAAAAGCUGAGAUUCUAACACUAGAGCAAGAUGUACAGAAUUCACAGAUGGCUGAUCUUGUAUCUCUUGCCAAACAUAUGUAUGAGGCUUACCUAAAGAAUUUUAACAUGAAUAAGACCAAAGCCAGAGCCAUUUUGACAGGAAAAGCUAACAUGCCGCCUUUUGUCAUUCAUGACAUGGAGACGUUGUGCCUAGCAGAAGAGAACUUGGUAUCAAAGCAAGCAGUAAAUGGCAUCCAGAACAAAGAAGCUGAAGUUAGAAUCUUUCAUCGCUGUCAGUGCACAUCAGUGGAAACAGUAAGAGAACUGACGGAAUUUGCAAAAAGUAUCCCUGAAUUUGUAAACCUUGAUCUCAAUGAUCAAGUGACCUUAUUAAAAUAUGGAGUUUAUGAGGCCAUGUUUGCCAUGUUGGCAUCCAUUAUGAACAAAGAUGGACUGCUGGUGGCCUAUGGAAAUGGUUUUAUGACUCGAGAAUUUUUGAAAAGCUUGCGGAGGCCCUUUAAUGAAAUAAUGGAGCCCAAGUUUGAAUUUGCCAUGAAAUUCAAUGCAUUAGAGCUGGAUGACAGUGACUUGGCUCUCUUUGUGGCUGCCAUCAUUCUCUCUGGAGAUCGACCUGGUCUGGUUAAUGUAUCACAGAUUGAACAGAUGCAGGAAAGCAUUGUUCAAGCCCUUCGCCUUCAUCUGCACAACAACCACCCUGAUGCUGUCUACUUAUUUCCCAAACUUCUCCAGAAGAUGGCUGAUCUGCGCCAGUUGGUUACAGAGCAUGCUCAACUUGUCCAGAAGAUUAAAAAGACUGAGGCAGACACUUUUCUACAUCCACUUCUACAGGAAAUUUACAGGGAUAUGUACUGAUAAAUGCAGAUUGUCACCAGUAUUAGAAGGUGGAAAUCUUUGAGCACUACUCAGUAAUUGAGUGCAAGGAUCACAUAUUGGCCAAUAAUUGUUACACAGUGCUUCCCUCAGGUUUGCUUAACAUGAUUAGUUGAAUUAUGUGCCUUGUGAGACAACGUGAUUUAUUUCAUCUAAUCAAAAUCAUAGUAUAUUUUUAAUUGAUUAAUUCAAAGUAUAAUUGAAAUACUUUGUAAUUAAAGCAGAUUUGUUACAAACUAAUCUAUAGUUAAUUGCAACAGGUUUUCAAGAAUGCUAAAUUGUCUAUUUUCAUUGCCCAAAUAUUGAAACUAAUCAAUUGCUUUCUGACAAGAUGAAAAUCCAAAAGUUUACUAUGAAAGAGACAAUUUCCAUAAAUAUCUAUCUUUGCUUUCAUUAACAUGCAGAGUGAAAGAAUCCACUGGUAUUUCAUGCAACAUUUUGAUUUCAAAGAUUUGAUAUUUGACUACUGAUUUUUACAUUCAGUAAUACAGCUUGAAUUUUUGUGAAUAUGUUUUAAGCACGCACAAUUUUACACAAUUGAUGUAAUAUUUAUAUAAUUGUAUACUUUGUGCAGAAAAAGAGGAAACCACUACACAAUGGAUUACAUUUCUGAACACUGAAUGCAUGAGGAUCAUUAUUAUACUGGUAACCUAACAAUUAAGUUCAGACUGACUUCCAUAAAAGAAAAGCUUCCUGACUCACAGCUAAAAACUACUCUAAUGAUAAUAUUUUGGUAUUUUUCAGAUCUCUACCUUUUUUAUUACACUUUGUAAUUUUAUGUGAAGCAUUAUUGGGGAUUUUGCUCUAUACAUGAAACCCCUUCUUACAACAUGUUUGUACAUUUAUGGUCCAAUCUUGGAUUGAAAUAGUGAGAAGUGUUUUAUUGUGCGAAUGAGCUUUUAAAAUUAGGUAGAAAUCAUUAGUGCGGAUAUGAAGGGGACAGCAGUUUGAGUCCUAAUCAAAAUUAUAAACCAAAGUAAGAUUAAUAUAAAACAAAAGAAUAGUGACCAGAUGUUGCUGACAGUUCAUGUUGGUUGUGGAAUCCUUAUGAUAAAUGCACAGAUUACUGAUUAAUGUUAUUGAGUGUCCAAUAAAAAACUUCAUAGUAGAUAAAUUAGUAAAGAUGAUCUUCUAUCUCCUACAUUUCCAAACUAAAUUUAGAACGGGAAUAUUUAAUUAAAUGGUUAUUAUCGGACUCAAAAUGUUUAAUUAUGUUUGCACUUGAAAAAAAAGGGUUGAUUUUCUUUCUUAAAGGGAAGGAAGCAGAACAUUUGCUUUAAAAAAAAAAUUUGCAUAAUUCUAUAAAAUAAUCCUUUAAUAUGGAGUCAAUUCUUACAAUAACUUUUAAAGCUAAUUUUAAGUUUAUCCAGUAUAAUAAACAUUGAAGUUAAUUACAAUGCCAUGUAGGGGUCAACAUUUUAAUAAAAGUUUUGUAAAAAGACUGCAAAUUAGUAUUUGUUUAAGUAUUGAUAUCUUAAUAUCUAACUGACAAUUCUGGAAAUCAGACCUUUUGUCCUUUUUUUAGGGGUUCAUUAUUUUUUAAAAUGUUGUGGAGUGGUGAAAUGCCUUAAUCUUUCUAAGUACAUCAUGAGUGCCAACUACUGUACAGUAUUUCCCUUAUUGAUGAUCCGAUGCAGAAAACUGGAAAUACUAGUGGAUGAUUUUACUUUGAUCACCGUUAAAACUAAUACAGAAAAAAUAUAUAAUUUAAGCAAUUAUAUAUGUGAAUUUGCAUGUCUAAAAUUGAAUAAUACUGCCAAAUGCUUUCUCGAAAAUAAUAUAAAUUUGCCUUCAUGUUUGAGGCUUGAGCACUUUCUGAACUCUAGUAUGCCAUAACUAAAUAUUUGUUGCAUAAAACUGUAUUUUUCUACUGAAACUUUUGGAGGUUGUACAAUCAUUACAAAAUGCCUUUUAUUGAAAUACAAAAUUUGUAAAUGUCCUUCAGGAAUUUGUACCCGGACGUUCCAUUCUUUCACCAAGUGACUCUUCACCACAGACUGAAAAUGAAUGUCGAUUGUAAAAUAUCUGUAAAUUUGGUGAGCAAAGCCUGGAAUGAUACAAUUUCAGAAAAGUAUAUAUCUAACAUAGUAAUAAUUCAUUUUCUAUUUUAUUAUUUUUGGUACAGUUUUAUUUCAAAGAAAAAUCAGUAUAAUUAAUUACAUUUUCAUAUUUUGACUCCUGCGGAAAUACUAUCUUUCAUAAGCUUAUUCUUUCCCACUAACCUUUUGAUUCUAACAUGUGGAUUGUAUACAUCAGUUAUCUUUCAUGUAGUGGACUGCAAAUUUCACAUUCUACACAAUUUUCAUUCAGUGAUAUUUUCCACAGUAAAGGCAGGCACUUGCCUUAUGCUUCCCAAAUAAACUGUCAGUUUCCUAAUAUAUUUUUAACAAAUAACAUUAUUUACCCUUUGUAAUUAUCAGCAAAACAAAUCAACACCACCCCUAUAGCCUUUCUUGUCUUUUGCAGUGUAUUCCUAUUGUCCCUACUGCACUUUUUCAUUUUCAGACCUUUUCAUAUAUUUUUAAAGGGAAAGCAAACUGCUGCUAAACAGAUUUUUCGUUGAGCUAAUAAUAAAUUUACGAAAUUAUAUUUUCCCAGUUCUCAAAAUAUACUACAUUGAUUGUUAAGUUUAAGCUAAGCUAAACCAACACAUAUGAGGUACGUGUUUUGAACAUUUGUGACUAUCCCAGUGCACUCAAUAAUUUCUUAUGCCUAAAGUGUCUGGAAGUUAUUUGCUAUUUAAAGGUCAGUAAUUUAAAUUUAGUACUGACUAAUGCUGAUAUUGCAAAAGUAGAAAAAAUCUAAAUAGUAAAUCAAGAGUGCUUCCAUUGCAUAAAGAAAUAGUAUUCAGGUACUGAAAUACCCUGCCACUGUACACCAGUAUCCUUUAUACAGCAGUAAGAUGAUGAUUCAUAAUCUAACAAAGAUGGCACUCAGUAGCAAUACCCAGUAUCACUUAAUUACAAGUAUUGUUCAUUUUAUACUUGCAUUGACUUUGUUCAGUUUAUCUGUGAGAUUUAAAGCUUUGACAGAACAUUUGAGACUAAAUAAAACCUUGUCAACAUACUUAGAUUGUACAAAGUAUAUGUGACAAUGGUUUAACAUUUGUAAUCACCUAUAUGUUAUCAGUUGUUUUUGAUUAAUAUUUUUCUUGCAUUUAUUAUUUUUAAGGCAGGAAAAGGAUUGAAUCAAACUUUAUGAAUGUUCUUAGUGUGGCUACAUAAUAUGAUUAUUGCUGCCAAGAUAUUUCAACAUGAUGCAUAAUAGAUAAGUGUGAAAUUCUUAAAAUGACUUUUUUUAGCAGUAGCUCUGAUAUUAGGGGAAAAAAUUGAAAGUUCU